AAAAAAAAAAACAAUCGAGAGAUCAAACACCUCGAAUUCUUGGAACUCCUGAUGAGGUGAUUGGUGUGUCUUGUGAUAAUUAGGCGGUGUGAUUGUUUGGAGCAGAUACGUCUGGAAGUAGGCCUAACGACGGAGAUCGCUCGAUCGAUCCGAGAAAGGUGGUUUCGAGACGAUCGCGAUGACGCGGCGAACCUAAUUUCGACAAUUCAUCACUCGCAGAUCCAUUGGUCCCGUCAAAGUGGGUUGUCCACCUGGGAAGCGUACGAUAAUCGUACGAUGAUGCCGCUCGCGCCGACGCCAAUCGUCCCGGUGCCAUCCAGGCCGAAAAUCGGCUUUAGCAUCGACUCGAUCGUCGGCGGCGGGCAGGGUGACCGCGAGGCGGAUCGGUUGGAGCGAGUCGAAAUCGAUGGCAGUCCGAUGGAGAUAGUUGAGGGCUCGUCCUCGCCGCGGGCACGCCGGGUCGCCACGAGAUCACCCGGUGCACAUUCCGAGGGUUCCGAUCGGCCUGUUUCCAGGAGUUCUUCCGUCGAGUCGUAUCCGAACUCGCGACGGACACCGUCGCACGCCACCGUCGGUGGCGGCGGUGGUGGCAGCGGUGGUCAUCAUCAUCUUCACAGUUCUCAUCACCAUCCACAUCAUCACAAUCUGUCGGCAACGACACAUCUGGAUUUUGGUCGGACAACCGUUCACAGCCAUAGCGGCGGCUCCACACCUAACAAUAGUCCCAGUCCGCCACAUAGGAUACCACACGGGGACUCACCGGUCGGGUCGCAUCCCCAACCGCCCCCGGGGGUAGUCAGGCCUAGCCCGAACUACCUCGCGCCACCACCCAACGCCGCGACGGCCGCGGCCAUGGCCGCGGAGCAGCUCAAGUCUCUGUACGGUCUACCUGGUCACAGUCCCGCGGGACCACAAACAGGACAGAAUGAAUAUCACACGCAGCAGCUGGCUCUGGCCGCUAAUUUGGCCGCGGCCCAACAUUUCCAGGCGGCGAAUAUCGCAGUGGCGUUACAAGCGCAUCACGGCGCAUCGCCCCAUGGACCGCCGCAUGGGCCUUAUCCGCACGGGGGAACCCCUGGUGGUCCACAUCCACCACCUCACCCUCACCAACCUCCCAGGGACAGCUAUCCCCUGUAUCCCUGGCUGCUUUCGAGACACGGCAGGAUUUUUCCACACAGAUUUCCUGGAGGUCCUGACAUACCCGGCUUCUUGCUUCAACCCUUCAGAAAGCCGAAGAGAAUAAGGACGGCCUUCAGUCCGAGUCAACUACUUAAGUUGGAACACGCCUUCGAGAAAAAUCACUACGUCGUCGGUGCGGAGAGGAAACAGUUGGCGCAGGCGUUGUCGUUGACGGAAACUCAGGUAAAAGUGUGGUUCCAAAACCGGCGGACAAAACACAAGCGGAUGCAACAAGAGGAAGAGGCGAAGGCCCAGCAACAAUCGGGUGGUGGUGGCGGCGGCGGUGGUGGCAAUGGCGGUAGUGGCAACGGAAAUGCCAACAACAAUAGUAACAACAAAAACACUCAUCACGUCAGCAAAUGGCAGCAGGAGACUGGCGAUUACCAUCAUGAAGACGAGGAGGAGGAGGAGCACAUCGAUCCGGAAGCUGAGGAAUGCUCGAGCGGCUCUGAAGCGUAGCUAGACGUUCUCUGCCUGGAUUAAGAUCCAGGAUCGAGUAGAUUAUCCUGAACAGAUUCUGAAGAGAAUUCGAUCGAGAUAGAAGCCAUGCAAUGAAGAAAAUCUCGAAAGAUCGACUUGGUCGACUUAAAUUUCGAGUCGGCUAAAUAGGAAGAAUAGAAUCGGAUUCUCUCUUGGUUGCGCCUACGAUCGUGUAAUUCACAAGUGGUUAACAGCAAUGAGUGAGUUCCCACGAAGAAGUAAUCGCGCGGCGAUCUUCGCAUCACGCUCAAUUUACGGUUGAAACUUCGUAGGAGAUCCCCAUCUCGAUGUAAAACGAAAACCGAAAGUUUCGAAGAUCGUUUGAAAAUGACCGGCGGCGAUAUUUGCCGUAUCGGAAAUAGCUGAAAAUUGACCGUACGUCGUGAAUGGAAGAAAGGUUGACGAGUUUUAACCUUGAAAUCUAAAGAGCCUUUCCGUUCAACAGAACCGGAAAGGAUCCGUCGAUUUCCGAAUUUGCCAGAUGUUACAUAUUUACUCGAAGUAAAUGUAUCAUUUUAGGGACCUGACAUUGAUAUUUUUCAUAAACUCGCAUUUAUACGUUAUGUUCUUCAUAAAUUUGAAAUUUUUUUUUAGACUGAGGUCUGGUCGAUAAUUAAAAACAAACAAACAUUAAAGAUAAAAAGAUUUGAUGCAGGAAACAAAAUCUGUACGUAUAAUUUUACGUACGUUAUUUACACAAACAUAAAAUUUGUGGAAUAAAUAGAUGAGGGAAAUUCUAUAUCGCAUGUUUAUUCAUCGACAGGCGUAUGAGAACAGGAAUUUUGUUUCAUCUUUAUUUAUUUUUUUUUUUUCAAACCGGAAUCACGAUGUAGUUUCUUAGCAUUUUCGUUUCGCGGCGUUGCCCCAAAGGCCAAGGAACAAUCGCGGAAAUCCGUAAAUAUCGUCGAGAUUAAGAUAUGGCAUUCUCAGACUAUGCUAUCUUAUAACGGGUUCGGAAAAAGCGACGGAGAAAUCGAAGGCGUCCAUCGGAAACUAGCUAAUGGAGGCAUUGUCUGCCGGAGACGACGAAGCUAAAUGGACGCGCUUCCGGCGGAAAGCGGCGACGCUCGUAUCGAGAACUUUGAUCGAUGCCAACUUCAACAAGGCAAAUCAUUUUUCGGUUGACUGCUCAAUUUGAAACUCUGAAAAUUUUUGCGACAGAAAGAAAAGUAUUUUUCACAAAAGCUUAAUUCCGUUUAUUUUCAUUAUGGACUUUAACUUAAACUUUUUUCUUGGAAAAUCAUCCACGAUGAUUAUUUAGAAAGUUGCACGCAAUAAUUUCAAAGUAAUUAAAAUUUAGUUAUUAAAACUUAGAAAACGGUCUGAGAUAAGAAUCGAUUCGCGACACGCCGAUCGCCAUCGCGACGCGCGCCAUUUACGUUCAUCUUGCCAUAAAGAAAAAUAAAAGCCAUAAAGACUAACUAUCGUCGGACGGUGUAAAUAAAGUGUAGCAGAAGACUAGAUCCUGGAUUCUCCAGGUGCAUUUUCGUUUCGAGGACACGAGUGUAAAUAGAUAACUGAUAAGAGACAUCCGAUACACGCAGAAUGCACAUGUGCAGGCAGAACCGUAAGUAAAAUGAAACUUGAAAGUGAGUGCCAAACUUCGUAAACCCUUAGCGAGAAAAGAAUCAUCCACGAUGAUUACUCAGUGUAAACGCGUUGUAUUUGCAAUUGUAUUUAAGUCGUUGUUCUACGCGAGCGAGCAGUAUUUCUUUUGUCAAUCGAUGUUUCGAGAUAUACUGACAAUUUAAAUUAUUAUUGCUAAUGUUAUAAAUCGGGACUUCGUGCGCCAUAACGGAGCCGUCGCAAAAUAUCAAUUUCCGAUGUUUCAGUCUCGAAACCAUAAUAUUAAUGUAUCGACAUUUCGUCUCGAUAUUUUAAUAUUAUAAUAUGAUAUGUUGAGAUAUUAUGUAUCGAGAUAUAUUGUAUGUUAUCGAGCAGCGCAUCGCGUUAAAAUCGUAGACUUUAAUUCGAUAAAUUUCAUUUAGAUGGAAAUUUAUUCCCCAAAAAUAAGACGAUUUUAUGCCGAAUUUCGCCUAGGAAACAUGUUCCUAUUCCGCGCAAGAAUCCGGCCGGUUGUGGCGCAGGGAUUUUCGCUUGUAAAUAAUCCUGUAAAUAGCAGAUUGUGAUUUUACUCGACGUACAGAGCCAUAGAAUUGUACGACCAUCAAAUGACUCAGUUCGUGUUAUUUAGCGAAUAGUGAAAUAAAUUAAACCAACUAUGAAAA